GUAAUAAGUCCAAGUCUAGCUAGUGAGAGAAAGUGAGGCUAAAAUGAUGAUGUCAAGAGCACCAUAAAAACAAAAGAAAAACAAGAAUCACAAUUCUAACCAAAAGCCUUGUUUUUCACUCAUCCAUCUCUUCUCCUCCACCCAAACCAACCAUAACUUUUCUUCCUUCUCUCUUUCAAAUGGAAAUUAGAGAGAAUAACCAAUCUCCUACAACUUCACCUAACAGCAAUGGCAGCAGUAGCAACAGCAAUGGAUCACUCCAAGUCCCCACCCCACCCCGUACCCCUACCCCCAUCCCCAGAUCUGAUACUAAUCCUUACCCUACAACUUUUGUACAAGCUGACACCUCCACCUUCAAGCAGGUGGUUCAAAUGCUCACUGGAUCAUCUGAAACGGCCCAAAAAGCCUCCAAAUCCGAUCCACCACCGGCUUCCUCCGCCGCCAAAGGCGGCGCCAGGAUACCACCCAUCAAGAGCACUGGUGGUAAGAAGCAGGGAUUCAAGCUGUAUGAACGAAGGAAUAGUCUUAAAAAUGGUCUUAUGAUCAAUACUUUGACACCUGGUCUAGGUCAGAAUUCGAGCUUUUCACCACGAGAGGCCGAGAUCUUGUCCCCGAGUAUUCUUGAUUUUCCUUCGCUGGUUCUUAGUCCUGUCACCCCUUUGAACGAGGACACACCGAGCAAAUCCUCGCCUUCAAUGGGGAGUGCUUCUGAAGAGGAGAAAGCAAUUGCUGAGAAGAAAUUUUACUUGCAUCCAUCUCCUAGAACAUCAAGACCCAGAGAUUCUCAGCCACAACUAUUGCCACUUUUUCCGGUGACUUCUCCCCGUGUUUCGGGUUCUUCUUCUUGAAGCCAUCUCCAUGGCCUUUAUUUGUGAUGUAAUUGAAACUAGUUCUUAGGUCAAAGAAUUGCUGUUAAUUUGAUCUUUUCAUGUUAAUUUUAUCACAAUUUCUUCUUCAUCUUCUUAUCUUGAAUUUUUGCUCA